UCCUGGAGGCUGAGCUGCGGCAGCGGCCGGCUAACUUCUCCGCCAUGCCUGGCAAAUGUAAAUUCCAGGACGCCUGGCUCUCCAAGGAGAUCUACAAGGAGUGGCUGGUGAAGGACUUCCAGGACAUCCAUGUGGCCCGCUGCAGAGCCUGCUGCAAAUCCAUCAAACUUCAGACGAUGGGCGAGGCGGCGCUGACCAGCCACGCAGGGGGAGCGGGGCAUAAAGCGGCGGUCCGCAAGCUAGCGGAAGGUAAUGUCAUGAUGAUAAAUGUCGCUGAUCAGGUGAAUGGAGACAGCAGUUUAAAUCGGAACGAGGACAGCAAAGAGCAAGUGGCCAUCUGCCUGCAGCGCGACUCCCUGGACAGGAUGACAGGAAGUGAGUGGUCAGACUUGCACCACAGCCCCAGUACAAACUCCAUUUCCCACAAUGCAGAAUUCCAGGAAGUCACAUUUCCAACUGCCUACAUCACCUCAUCAGGCUCCGCCCGGCUCAUCAACCACCGCCUCCACCCGUCCAUAUCCAGCUGCGGGAUGGAGGAGGUGGGCCACCGGCCGGCCCGGCCCGACGCCAUGGAGCUGUCGGGCCUGGAGGCGCACCAGAGGAGCGAGGCGCUGGAGCAGCAGGAGCAGAUGAAGAUCCUGGAGUGGGAGAACAGGCUGAAGGUGCUGGAGUGGGAGCAGGAGCUGCUGAGGGAGAAGAGGAGGGCGGCGCGGCAGAAGGAGAAGGCCUUCCGCAUGAAGAAGAGGUACUACAAGGCCAAGCUGAAGAGGAUGGGCGAGGACGUGGCGCCGUCCUCGUCGAGCAGCGGCGACGAGGAGGAGAAGUCGCCCGAACAAAUGGGAUGAACUGACUGAGCAGCUUUUAUUUUUGUUAUCGCUCGUUUACGUUUUUUCCUAUAUUCUUUUGUCUAUAUACCAUGGAACUAUUACUAUUUUUAUACAUCGUUUUUUGUACUUGAAAGCAGAAGAAGGAUUCUUUGUUGCCUCAUAUCAGCUAAUGGACUGAGAUUUAUUGAUUUUUUCUUCUUUUUUUUUUUUUUUGCCUUUUUCUUACACACAAAGUGGGUGAAUUUGUUUUCUUUAACAUGACGUGUUAAGCAUUUGUAACAGUGUUUUUUUCUUUCAAGGUAGAAAGACGUGAACCAGCAUUUAAAUCAUGUAAGAGUGAAACUCCACUGAAGCCGACGCCGAUGAAAUGAAAUUGCGGAGGCAGCACGAAAACGAAGCGCAGGCCAUUCCGACGUGUCAUCUGAUCAGCGCACACGUAGAAAAAGCUAAUGACAUUCCUAAAUGUACAAUCUCUCUGUCUACAGAUAUUUACUUUUCUACUUACUGUUUUUACAUAUGUUAGCCUGAGUUAAGAAAAAAAUAAAUCUGUAUAUAUGACUUUUUCUUUCUGCUUUAAGCAUCGGCCUUGUUGUGCAUUCAGCACCAGGUUCACUGCAAAAAUCCCUCUUAACAAGCAAAUUAGUCUCAUAAUCUGCAUUAAAAUCUUUUUUCUUAAAUAAAUGGAUAAAAUAUGCCGGUGGGAUGAGAUAAUCCCACUUGUUUCCGAUGCUAAUCAACUUGUUUUUAGAAUUUUCUUGAAUCAAGUGUCAUUUUCUUGAUCCUAGUGGGCUGAUCUGCCUUAUUUUGCCUUGUUUUAACAGAUUUAUAACAGCUCCAGUUUGCGUCACUUGUUUUUAGAAAAUCAGAAGGUUUUAACAGUGAAUCUAAGGCUAAAUGACUUGGUAAGAGGGAGAUUUUUCACAGUUGGGCCUUUUUUUUUAAAAUAUAUCCACUAAAAGUGGGUGCAGCAGUAUCGUGCAGAUAUCUUGCAUUUCACCUUGCCAUUUUUUUUAUUUAUUAUUUGCAGUAACUGAUCACUGAAGUUGUAUUACACACGUCUCUGUGACCAAAUCAAACUAUUAAAACUGAAUAGUUGAACCUCUGA